UUAGUUUAGAGUCUUGUUCAUGAAUUGAGUUUUGGUUGUAGAUUAUUAGAAGCCUGUGAAUGUCUGAUUUCUGUCUUGCUUCGUUUGGCUGAUGGGAAAAUGGAAGAAAAUGAUGGAGAUUGGCCUUGGAUUUUUGAGUUUCGAAUUUUUUCAGUAUUUGGAAUCCAACAAAGGAAAUAACUGCGAGCCUAAUAAAACUACGUUUGAUUUUGAGUAGUUCUGUUUUCUUCUAUUAUACCACAGUUUUAUUAUUUUGUUUCGUUUAUUUGCCUCUAUUUUUCCCGGAAAACAAACAGGGUAAAAUAUGUAGCUUCUCUUCUUCUAUGCAAAAUCAAUAAUUGGAUUGCUGUACUGUAUUGAUCUAACACCAGUGGAAAAAUUGGUUGGAGUUGUGUGCACCUCAAGGAAGGAAGUUAACCCGUAUACAGAGCCAACACGCUUCAGAGUAGUACAAGCGUUAUGGAACCUUUUUCGCAUUAAAGCGAAUUUUGGAACUUUUGAAUGCCUUGAUCAAAUUCAAAUUUCUGUUUAUGCGUAUGUGCAUGUGUGUGCAAAUAAAGGAGUCACCCAUCAAAAGAUUGCACCAAAAACUUGAUAAGCACUAAACAAUCCAAAUAGCAAUGGCGUGAGUGCUUGCUCUGGACAAUCAUGCCUCAACGGUUCAGAUGAAUCCAUGAAAGUAGGAGAAUAUGCCCAUCUGUAUCAGACAAUGCCUUGUCGUGCAUUGCACGUAUGUACUCUCCCACGAGAUUCUCUGAUAACUGAAGAUGGCUCUUUUGGGGAAUGGUUUCUUUCUGAAAGCUUUUUACGUCCAACAACUCUACGGGACUUGUUAGUGCGACUAUCACUGUUAUUUGUAGGAAUGAAAGACCUCACCAUGACCCUAGAAACCCCGCUUGUAGAAUUUGCCUGGUGUAUCAAGGAAGCAAACCGAAUACCAUUUCUUAACAAAAAUAGAUCUUUUAAAGGAAAUUUUAGAUUGAAUACAGGGAGAACCAUGAUCGAAAGACUUGGCUCUCAACAAGAGUUGAGCUUAAAAAAUUGGGAUUAUUGAGAUUUUGUUGUGUAGGCCUUAGAAAACAGGAUUGAGUCAAGUCCAACCCUGAAGCCAUGCAUUAAGCUUACUUAUUCAUUUUUCAUUUUAUUUUUCCCCAUUUCCACAGUGUGGGUUCCAUGACAGGUACUGCCACUGAGGAAAGAUAUUUGUGAUAUGACCUUAUGAUUUGUCAAAAACAUGUCACCAUAUAUAUGUCUUUGUUUUUUAGUUCUGUGCUGCAGAGGUGGGAUCUGGUAACACUUCCUCAUUGAUGUUUGCAAUGCAGAUAAAGAGAAUCUGGUGAAAUAGAACCUGUCUUCGCCUCACACCAUUUAUGCUCUCUGGAUGAGGAGUGUUGCCAACAUUCAGGUAUAAAUGGAGAGUGGUGCAAGCAGUGGCAAUGGGCGACAUCCUGAAGUCAUGGAGGAAUCCUGGUUUAGCCAAUUCCGGAACAGUCCAAACCCUUGGAUGGCUAGAUAUGUAUAUGGUUUGAUGUUCCUCAUUACUAAUCUACUAGCAUGGGCCGUUCGGGAUUAUGGCCGUGGUGCCCUGACAGAGAUGGAGAGACUACAAGGGUGCAAGGGUGUGCGAGAUUGUUUGGGAGCAGAAGGAGUUCUGCGCGUUAGCCUGGGAUGUUUUACUUUCUAUUUCAUAAUGUUUCUUUCAACAGCUGGUACAUCCAAGUUGCACAAGCCUAGAGAAUUGUGGCAUUCUGGUUGGUGGUCUGCAAAGAUUAUCUUGUGGGUUGCCUUAAUGAUGCUCCCCUUCUUGGUUCCUUCUGCUUUUAUUCAGCUCUAUGGGGAGAUUGCACAUUUCGGUGCCGGGGUCUUUCUCUUAAUUCAGCUAAUAAGCAUAAUCAGCUUCAUUAAAUGGCUGAAUGAUUGUUGUCACUCUGGCAAAUAUGCAGACAGAUGCCAUAUCCAUGUGAUGUUACUUGCAACUACUGCAUAUGUCAUAUGCAUAAUGGGGAUCAUCUUGAUGUACAUUUGGUAUGUACCAGAGCCGUCUUGCCUCCUUAACAUUUUCUUCAUCACCUGGACACUAGUGCUCCUCCAGCUCAUGACUAGUGUCUCUCUCCACCCAAAGGUAGAUGAAGGUUUCUUGACUCCAGGGCUUAUGGGCCUGUAUGUUGUGUUCCUCUGCUGGUGUGCUAUUAGAAGUGAACCACCAGAGGACAGAUGCAACCAGAAGGCAGAAUCAGCGACCAAAGCAGAUUGGCUUACCAUCAUAAGCUUUAUUGUUGCGCUGAUUGCCAUGGUCAUUGCAACAUUUUCAACAGGCAUUGAUUCCAAAUGCUUUCAGUUCAGGAAGGAUGACACACAAGCUGAAGAUGAUGUUCCCUAUGGUUAUGGCUUCUUCCACUUUGUUUUUGCCACAGGAGCCAUGUAUUUUUCAAUGCUAUUGAUUGGUUGGAAUACUCAUCAUUCCAUAAGAAAGUGGACAAUUGACGUUGGCUGGACGAGUACUUGGGUUAGAAUAGUGAACGAAUGGCUGGCAGCCUGUGUAUACCUAUGGAUGCUUGUGGCUCCGAUCAUAUGGAAAAGCAGACAAACAGGCGAAUCUACAUGACCAUUUCAAAAUAUCUUUAGUACCCAAUUCAUUCGAUAGUUCUUGUGGCAGUCCUCUUCCUCGAGCAGAUGGUGGAAGAAGAGGCCGCUUCUGCACACGCACAAGAAUUUUAGCAGCAGCAACUAGACCUUUGGUGACCUGAUUCAUUUCAUUUCUAAAUGAAACAAAAUAUAUAGUCCUCCUCCAAGCUCAGCAUCAGUUAAACAAAAGAAAGAAAGAAAGUAUAUCCAGUUCUCUAAAUUUUCCAUUAAUUGCAGCAUACCAUCUGUAGAUAUAUUUACGAGCAUGGCAGGGCGAAGAUUUUGUGAUUUCAUAACCAUCAAUGGAAUAACAGUUUCUGGGUUGAACUAAUAUUCAAUUGUGCACUCUACCUGGUACGGCCAUUGAUGUUUCUUCAAGGUCCACUGCUUAGAUUUAAACGUUUGAUUCAUAAUUCAAAUGUGUGAUUUUGCCUCUUAUACUUUUCAGCUCGA